UUGUGGGGUAUGGCACACUUCUAGUACAUUCUGGGGGUGUCCCUGGUAUUGGAGGGGAUUCCUCACUCCCACCAUUUUCCCCUCCCCCUGCUCCCCUCCUCCCGUCUCUCCCCUGUCAUUCUCCCGGUCUCUGCCAUCUUUCCUCCUCCUUCAUCCAUUCUCGGCUGUCCCCCCAUAUCUCAUACACACGCACGCUCAGGGGGGUCUCCAUGUCUCGCACUCUCUCCGGCCUGUUACUAGGUUACUGCAUUUGCGAUCUGUCCAAAAAGCCGGAAGGAAACCAUGGCGACCAUCAAUCAAGGCUUGUCAGCACCUCCGCGCAUGCUCACAUCCUGAGACGUGCUCUUGGCGAGCCCAAAACAAAAAUGGCGGCGCCCGUGGGACCGGUGCGCUUCUGGAAGCCGGGAACUGAAGGGCCGGGAGCUAGCCUUGCGGAGGAGAGACAGAGCAAUGCCGAGGUGCCAUCUGUCAUCUAUAACCCACAUACUUCUCUCUCCAUAGAACAGCAGAGGCAGAAACUGCCAGUAUUUAAGCUCAGAAAUCACAUCCUUUACCUGGUGGAAAAUUACCAAACUGUGGUUAUCAUUGGAGAAACCGGAUGUGGGAAAAGCACACAAAUACCGCAGUACCUAACAGAAGCUGGAUGGACGGCAGAAGGAAGAGUAGUUGGCGUGACUCAACCUCGCAGGGUUGCUGCAGUUUCGGUGGCAGGGAGAGUGGCAGAUGAACGCGGGGCCAUACUGGGACAUGAAGUCGGCUACUGUAUAAGAUUUGAUGACUGUACUGACCCACAGGCCACACGUAUCAAGUUUCUGACAGAUGGUAUGCUUGUCCGAGAAAUGAUGUCUGAUCCAUUGCUUACCCGAUACAGUGUACUGAUGUUGGAUGAGGCUCAUGAGCGGACACUGUACACUGACAUCGCUAUUGGUCUUCUUAAGAAGAUUCAGAAGAAAAGAGGAGACCUGAGACUGAUUGUUGCCUCGGCCACGCUGGAUGCAGAGAAAUUCAAGGCUUUCUUCAAUCAGAACGAUACCAGUGACCCCGCGAGAGACACGUGCGCUAUCCUAACAGUGGAGGGGAGGACUUUCCCUGUAGAUAUUUUCUAUACACAAAGCCCUGUUCCAGAUUACUUGAAGUCCACCGUACAGACAGCCAUGAAGAUCCACCAGAGCGACAUGGAGGGGGACAUUCUUGCCUUUCUGACAGGCCAGGAGGAGGUAGAGAGCGUGGUGUCCAUGUUGGUGGAGCAGGCCCGUAUUCUUGCCCGCUCUGGCAUGAAGAAGCACCUACGUGUCCUCCCCAUGUAUGCCGGCCUCCCUGCUUCAGAACAGAUGAAGGUGUUUGAGAGAGCGCCCCACAGUGUCAGAAAGGUAGUUGUUGCCACAAACAUUGCAGAGACGUCCAUCACGAUAAAUGGGAUCUGCUUUGUUAUUGACUGUGGUUUUGUUAAGCUGCGAGCGUACGACCCCAAGCGCGCUGUGGAAUCGCUAGUUUUAGUUCCUGUUUCGCAAGCAUCGGCCAAUCAAAGAGCAGGACGCAGCGGGAGGAACCGAUCUGGACAGUGCUUUAGGUUAUAUACAGAAGAGGAUUUCGAAAAGCUUCCCCCAUCCACGGUCCCAGAGAUGCAGAGGAGUAACCUGGCGCCGGUCAUCCUACAGCUGAAAGCCCUUGGUAUCGACAACGUCCUGCGCUUCCAUUUCUUGUCGCCACCCCCAGCACAGUCUAUGGUUCAGGCUUUGGAGCUGCUUUAUGCACUAGGAGGCUUGGACAAGCACUGUCGUUUGACUGAACCCCUUGGUGUAAGAAUGGCAGAGUUCCCACUUAACCCCAUGUUUGCCAAGAUGCUGCUGGAGUCUGGUAAUUUUGGAUGUUCUGCCGAAAUUUUAAGCAUCGCGGCGAUGAUGCAAAUUCAGAACGUGUUUGUUUUUCCUCCAAACCAGAAAGCUCAAGCGACACGAGAACAUCGAAAGUUUGCUGUGGAGGAGGGCGAUCACCUGACCAUGUUAAAUGUGUUUGAGGCUUUUAUCAAGUUUAACAAGAGCUCCCAGUGGUGUCAGCAGCACUUUCUCAAUUACAAGGGGCUUAUGAGAGCGGUCACUGUGCGGGAACAGCUGAAAAAACUGCUCAGCAAGUUCAAAGUACCCAAGAUCUCCAGCGAAGGUGACCCGGAUCCUAUCUUACGUUGUAUAGUGGCUGGGUUCUUUGCCAAUGCUGCCAAGCUUCAUUCUACAGGUGUCUACAGGACAGUAAGAGACGGCCAUGAAUUACAUAUACACCCAACAUCGGUUCUAUAUGCAGAGAAGCCUCCAAGCUGGGUGCUGUUCAGCGAGGUGAUCCAGACCAACAAAUACUACAUGCGGGAUGUGACUGCAGUGGAAUCGGCAUGGCUGCUGGAGUUGGCCCCGCACUUCUAUCAACAGGGAACGCAUCUAUCACGAACCAAUAAAAGGGCCAAACUGGACAAUUUGUGAGCCCCCGGCCGCCAUCACUGUGCAACCACAAGAGAGAAAAAUUAACUCCGCUCUCGCCAACAUUUCUAUGUCUGACCUCAACUCCCAUGGAGAUCCGCCUGCCUUCUUUCCGAGGAUGGAGCCCCGAACCUCUCACCCGUCUUCUCAGCGCCGAGCAUAUAUCCAUGGUCACGUAUUGCGAGGCCAAGAUGGCGUUUGGCUGCGCCAUUCCACACAAUGUCUUCCUUUUAGGCAUAUAGGAUAUAUAUAUUUCUAGGUAUAUAUAUAUAUAUAUAUGUACGUAUGUAUAACAGAAAGCUGUUUUAUUUUUUCAAGUUGUAAAUGACGGAAAGGAGAUGAAGGGCGAGAUGAUGGAACUUCACAGGGCGAGAGCAGCGUCGGUGCCGGUUUUUGCAGCCGCCAUCAUUGUUACAUAGGCUUUAAUGUUUAUCAAGCACAUCCACUUCUCAUGGGGUAUGUAAAAUCUCAAAUCUGGCAGAUUCAUAGGUGUCUUUAACUCCUUGAUGACCACAUAAGGCCACUAUUGGGGCAAAGAUCUAGAUAUAACAAUGUGUAAGUGGGGGGGGGGGGGGCACAAUCACAGUUCAUAGUCUGUCACAGGGUUUUCCAACCAGGGUGCCUACAGCUGUUGCAAAACUACAACUCCCAGGGAGUUGUAGUUUUGCAUCAGUUAGAGGCACUCUGGUUGGGGAACUCUACCCUAUAGCAAUAGGAGCACAAUCACAGUUCAUAGUCUGUCCCAGUGUUUUCUUACCAGGGUGCCUCCAGCUGUUGCAAAACAACAACUCCCAGCAUGCCCGGACAGCCUUCGGCUGUCCGGGCAUGCUGGGAGUUGUAGUUUUGCAACAGCCGGAUGCUCUCUGUUUGGGAAACUACCCUAUAGCAGUGGUCUCCAAAUUAUGGACCUCCAGCUGUUUCAAAACUACAACAGUUCAUAGUCUGUCCCAGUGUUUUCCAACCAGGGUGUCUCCAGCUGUUGCAAAACUACAACUCCCAGCAUUUUGCUGUCCGAGCAUGCUGGGAGUUGUAGUUUUGCAAAAGCCGGAGGCGCUCUGUUUGGGAAACUCUACCCUAUAGCAAUGGUCUCCAAAUUGUGGACCUCCAGCUGUUUCAAAACUACAACAGUUCAUAGUCUGUCCCAGUGUUUUCUUACCAGGGUGCCUCCAGCUGUUUCAAAACUACAACUCCCAGAAUUUUGCUGUCCGGGCAUUCUGGGAGUUGUAGUUUUGCAAAAGCCGGAGGCGCUCUGUUUGGGAAACUCUACCCUAUAGCAAUGGUCUCCAAAUUGUGGACCUCCAGCUGUUUCAAAACGACAACAGUUCAUAGUCUGUCCCAGUGUUUUCCAACUAGGGUGCCUCCAGCUGUUGCAAAACUACAACUCCCAGCAUUUGGCUGUCUGGGCAUGCUGGGAGUUGUAGUUUUGCCACAGCCGGAGGCACUCUGGUUGGGAAACUCUAACCUAUAGCAAUAGGGGCACAAUCACAGUUCAUAGUCUGUCCCAGUGGUUUUUAACCAGGGUGCCUCCAGCUGUUGCAAAACUACGCUGUCCGGGCAUGCUGGGAGUUGUAGUUUUGCAACAGCCGGAGGCACUCUGAUUGUGAAACUCUACCCUAUAGCAAUGGUCUCCAAAUUGUGGACCUCCAGCUGUUUCAAAACUACAACUUCAAGCACGCCCGGACCCCCAUUGUGUAUAAGGGGGUCCUUUUAAAUAUUUUACGAGAACCAAUCUAGAUGACUUGUAUAUCAGAACAUACCAACUUCAAAGAAAAGGGGGUUUGGGUAGGCACCAAUUCCAGUUGUGAUUCCAUUGCGGUGGUGCGUAUGCGGUACCUCAAUUAUUUUAAGUGAUCUAAAACUCUUAAAGUGUGAACAGCAGAAGAAAGGCUAAAACAGGUUAGAAUCUAGAUCUGUGUUCUCCACCGGGGUACUUCUAGCUGUUGCAGAACAGUAGUUUAGCAACAGCUGUAGGCACCCUGAUUGGGAAACACUGGCCUAACUUUUACUGCGACCCAGGUCACCACAAUGCGCUUCCCUAAUCGUGCCGCCAUCCCAGCCACAGCCACAGCUGUGACCAAACCUCCAGGCUAGGUUCAUACUGCAUCUAGUGUUUUUGCAACAGCUGGAGGCACCCUGGUUGGGAAACACUGCUCUAGGGAUUGUUUGUGGAUUUUCCAAAGGAUUCAGGAUAAGUUCUAGUUCACGCGGGUCCAACCACUGGGAACCCCCCACGAGCUCCUGCACGGGGCCCCGACACUACGCCAGGAAGGGGGUUAUCAACCCCCGGAUUUAUUUCUGCAGCAUGUGCUGCAGAAGACUGUCCGGGCAUGUUGGGAGUUAUAGUUUUGCAACAGCUGGAGGCACCCCUGGUUGGGAAAUACUGACCUAUACUAUAUACUACUAUAUGCAACAGCUGGAGGCACCCCUGGUUGGGAAAUACUGACCUAUACUAUAUA